AUGAUGAGUCUACGGUUGACCGCACCCAGCUCAAGUCCCGGUCGACCAACCAACGUGGUGGACCCCACACCACGUGAUUUUAUCUCCUCUUCUCCCCAACCAACGUGGUGGACCCCACACCACGUGAUUUUAUCUCCUCUUCUCCCCGACCUUGUUCUGUCCAUCCGUUUCCUUUCCGCCUUAUCCUCUUCCCCUUCUCUUUUCUUCUCCGAAUCCACCUCCUACGAGCUCUCCAAUUUUUUUUUCAAAUUAGAUCUCGUCGCUCCGGCCUCCCCCACUCCGGCACUGCGUACCUCCCUCCGCCCGUCCUGCUUGGGGUCCGCUGCCGCCACCUGCCAUCUGCUGCCCUCUGCCCCUCGGUCCUCUGCUCCUCCUCCUCGGGGCCGGCCGCCGCACAGGCAGGGGCGUCAGGCAGAGCAAGCCCCAGGUGGUUUUGACGGCCACUCGGUGUUCCCGGCGGCCAAGGAGGCCGGCCACCUCACGCCGGCGUCGGUGCGCUUCGACGGCGUGCUGGCGCAGCCCAGCACGGUGGCCGCGGGGCGCUCCAGCGCGCAGUACCAGAGAUGGCAGGCGCAGACGCUGCGCCGGGCCAGCAGCUACGUCGGCGCCGACCAUGACGGGGCCACCGCGGCCGCGGGCCCGGAGCCCGCCCCGUUCAAGCCGCCGACGCUCGACUUCCUGCGGUCGCUCCUGGACAGGAGUAGCUGCAGCGUGAGCUCCGCCUUGGCGCCAGCGCUGGAGGCGUAG